AUGUGUCCAAGAAAGCGCCGUUCGAACGGUGGAAGAAGGCCCGUCAACCGCCAAUCCCGUUCUGACGAGCUACGACGAAUGUUGGCUCAUUGUCGCUGGGUGUGCAUUCGUGCCCAAAAGGAAAUGUCGAUCGUGCCUUUGCGGAGACUGGGGUCUCUGCCCGCGAUCACAAGCUUAUCAAGGCAACAGUUGACAGGUCCCUGGUCGCUGCACUCACCUCGUAACCGGGGCCACUUCAGCGAAGCACUCUCCCCAUGGGGCAGUCGUGCGGCUUGCUCCAUAACGUGCCGCGAAUUGGCUAGAGGCGGACCGAUCCUCGAGGAUCUCGAAGCGGAGCAUGCCUGCAGGACCCGCACAACAUGCAACCAGCCACUCCGCUCGCUCGUCAUGUCGACAGGUGCUGCGUUGAAGCUCGUCGUGACACUCAUGGUCACAAACGCAGCGCCCCGUGUAAUUUCCCGCUGGAACGGCAAAGCAUGA